UGUGCAAAUUGCUUUGCCGCCGUAUUGUUUUUGUCGUGGAAUCUCUAAAAUUGUCGUUUUGUGUAAAGUACAAUUACUGUACCAGACGACAAAUUUAGUAAACACGUUUGAAGUAAUUUUGUAUAGGCUCAAAAUCAACCAAGAAUUUUGCAGACACUUUCACGAUGUUUCGGCUUACAUGUGCAUUUUUGCUUGUGUCGACGGUUGCAUGUCAAAGUGCUGGGUCCGGCACAUUUGACCCAAAUGCCGUGAAUUUUGGUUCUGCCGGCGGGUCAUCCGGAAGUUCGAACUCUGGGACCGGAGGGACUGCUGGUUUUGACACAUCCGGGGGUUUUGGCGGAAGCGGAAAUGGCGGAAGCAGCAGCGGUGGAUUUGGUGGAAGUGGUUUCGGAAGUAACACCGGUGGUAGCUCUGCAAGUAGCGGUGGGUUUGGCGGAAGUGGUUUCGGGAGCAGUUCCGGUGCAGAUUCGAGUAGUGGUGGGUUUGGAGGAAGUGGGUUUGGAAGCUCGUCAAGUGGAGGGGCGUCCUCAACAGGAGGCAAUUCUAUGGGAGGUAGCUUUGACCCAAAUGCUAUGAAUGGCUUUGGUGGGUCUGGUGGAAGUUCAACAGGAGGUGCAUCUGGGGGUUUUGGCGGAAGUGGUUUUGGCCAGUCGUCUGGAAGUUCAACCGGAGGCGCAUCUGGGGGUUUUGGUGGAAGUGGCUUUGGCCAAUCGUCCGGAAGUUCUUCAGGAGGAGCAUCUGGUGGUUUUGGAGGAAGUGGUUUCGGCCAAUCGUCUGGAAGUUCUUCAGGAGGAGAUGCUUCUGGUGGUUUUGGAGGAAGUGGAUUUGGUCAAUCGUCUGGAAGUUCAACCGGAGGCGCAUCUGGGGGUUUUGGUGGAAGUGGCUUUGGCCAAUCGUCCGGAAGUUCUUCAGGAGGAGCAUCUGGUGGCUUUGGAGGAAGUGGUUUCGGCCAGUCGUCUGGAAGUUCUUCAGGAGGAGAUGCUUCUGGUGGUUUUGGAGGAAGUGGAUUUGGUCAAUCGUCCGGUAGCUCCACUGGAGGCGCAUCUGGUGGUUUUGGAGGAAGUGGUUUUGGUCAAUCGUCUGGAAGUUCAACCGGUGCUGCAUCUGGUGGUUUUGGAGGAAGUGGUUUCGGCCAGUCAUCUGGAAGUUCUUCAGGAGGAGAUGCUUCUGGUGGUUUUGGAGGAAGUGGUUUUGGCCAAUCGUCAGGAAGUUCAACUGGAGGCGCAUCUGGUGAUUUUGGAGGAAGUGGUUUCGGCCAGUCAUCUGGAAGUUCUUCAGGAGGAGAUGCUUCUGGUGGUUUUGGAGGAAGUGGUUUUGGUCAAUCGUCUGGAAGUUCAACCGGUGGUGCAUCUGGUGGUUUUGGUGGAAGUGGAUUUGGUCAAUCGUCUGGAAGUUCAACCGGUGGUGCAUCUGGUGGUUUUGGAGGAAGUGGUUUUGGCCAAUCGUCCGGUAGCUCAACUGGAGGCGCAUCUGGUGGUUUUGGAGGAAGUGGUUUCGGCCAGUCAUCUGGAAGUUCUUCAGGAGGAGAUGCUUCUGGUGGUUUUGGCCAAUCGUCUGGAAGUUCAACUGGAGGCGCAUCUGGUGGUUUUGGAGGAAGUGGUUUCGGCCAGUCAUCUGGAAGUUCUUCAGGAGGUGCAUCUGGUGGCUUUGGUGGCAGUGGUUUCGGCCAAUCGUCUGGAAGUUCCAGUGGAGGGACAUCGGGCGGUUUUGGGGGUAGUGGAUUUGGUCAAUCGUCCGGAAGUUCAAGCGGGGGCACAUCUGGUAGUGAAUCGGGAGGUGCAUCAGGUGGGUUCGGCGGCAGUUUUGAUCCAAACGCAAUGAACGGAUUUGGAGCUUCUAGUGGAGGUUCUUCAGUGGGUAGCGGAUCAUUUGAUCCAAACCAAAUGAUGGGCAAACGAUGAUUUUGAUAUUUAUAGCAAUUGUGGUGUUACAUCCAUGCUUUUGAAACAUUCGAUUGAUUUUAAUUAGAUUAAUAUCUUUUUUCUUCUUCGUCAAUAGUUAAAUACAAGUACAGGACCAGUAACACUUACAUGCAAUUUGUCAAUGAAAUACUAGAACAAGGUGCAGAAAUAUUUUUUCUUUUAACAAAACGAGAAAAUAUUGAAAUAUAUUUUCAAAUUAUUAGAUUUUAAUUCAUAUUUUGAUACUGUAGUAGACUGAUUUGUUUCACAGUGCUACUAAUAAGUAUACACACGAAAAAGUAAUGAAUGAAU